AUGUAUUUCUCCAAGGCCCUCUUCCUACUUUCCCCUCUCCUCACAUCUACCUUCGCAUCACCAAUCGAAGAACGAGCCUCAUGGCCCUAUGCUCCUUUCACCACAACCGGUCGAUGGAUUCUUGAUUCCGCCGGUCACAAUGUCACUUAUGCUGGCGCCAAUUGGCCUGGUGCUGCAGAUACCAUGUUACCUGAAGGACUGCAAUAUCAAUCCAUUGCCACUAUAGUGUCGAAGAUCAAAAGUCUAGGAAUGAAUGUUAUUCGUCUUACAUAUCCUAUCGAGAUGAUUGAUGAUUAUUAUGCGAAUGGGGGUGUGGAUGUACCGAUUUUGACCAGCUUGCAGAAUGCUUUAGGGUCGACUAAUGGUACUAAUGUUUACAAUCAAAUCAUUAAGAAUAACCCUACGUUUUCGAGUAAGACUACUAGAUUACAGGUCUUUGAUGCCGUUGCUGCUGAGUGCUUCAAACAGCAAAUUUAUGUGCAUCUUGAUAAUCAUGUCUCAAAGGCUGAAUGGUGUUGCUCUAAUACUGAUGGUAACUCUUGGUUUGGAGAUACCUAUUUCAAUGUUACCAACUGGCAACGAGGUCUUGCAUACAUGGCUACUAGAGGUGCCUCCUGGGGAAACCUAAUGUCCAUGUCCCUCCGUAAUGAACUCCGUGAACCAAAAUCCAACCCUACUCUCGAUUCCUCCUCAUACAACUGGGAAAACUGGUACGCAAAUGUCGUCCCAGGCAUGAACAGUAUCCACAAUGCCAACCCCAACGUCCUCAUCUUCCUCUCUGGACUAAACUUCGACGUAGAUUUAUCACCCAUCCCUAACGCAGGACUCUUAACCCCAUCCACCACCCAAAAAUUUCUCAAAUCAUCAUUUUCAUUCGCCAACAAGUUGGUUUUGGAACUUCACAAUUAUGCCUCCUCAACGAGUAGCUGUUCGAGUUUGGAAAGUAGUUUACGAAAUUCUGGGUAUAAUGCUUUGGGUGAUGGGGCUACGAAUCAAAUGCCCGUCGUUUUGACAGAAUGGGGUCAUGCGCAGACGGCUUCGGAUUAUGCUACCGUUUAUUCGACUUGUUUGAAGACUUAUUUGACUUCGAUUAAGGGUGGUUGGAUGGUGUGGGUUUUGAGCGGUAGUUAUUAUAUUAGAUCUGGUGCUCAGGAUCUUGAUGAAUCAUGGGGACUACUUACGCAUGAUUGGUCCGCGUGGAGAGACCCAACUGAUAUAACGAAUGUAAUUAUACCAAUGGUUAGCGGGACAAAAAUUUGGUCACCAUGA